AUGGCUCGCCCUAUUCUCAUCGAUGUUGGAAUGGCCGAACAGCUUACAGCAUUCGGGUUGCAGCAAGGUAUCAAAAGCAUACCAUCUCGCUCGACGAGGAAGCGAAAAGCCAGAGCCAAGCUAGCUGCGAGAGUGAGAGAUGAGCGCUUCAAAGCUGGACCAUUUUGGUUCAAGCUGCUCAUUUCUGAAGCAACCGCCGGCGUCAUCAUGGGUCACGGUGGCUCGACGCUCAUCAGUCUGGAGAAAGAGACCUUGACGGCUAUCAAGCUAUCUCCCUAUGGGUCAUAUUUCGCCAAUUCUAACCUACGGGUGCUUAUCGUAGCUGCUCCCAGUUUGGAGGCGAUGAAGACUGUCGUUAUGAAGAUCGUCCACGACUACAUACUGGCUGACACUGCCGUCCAGUCGGUUUACGUAUGUCUUGGCAGUCCUACAGCUAUAGAGCUAGCCCAAGCUGCUGACCCCAACAUGUCAAGUGAUGAACCUGUGUUGCAGCAUGGAGAAGAAGCAGUUAUAGAGGUUUCUAUAGCAACUCAUGGUGCUGAUAGGAGUUUUACCUCCCUCGCUUGUGCGUCUAUCGCUGUAGCUAUACAAACUGAUCGCUCACACUUGGCCAAUACCGUAAGGCUCGUAUAUGACCCUUUGGCUAUCCUUCGAGGAGAUAUUGAUGCCAUGGUGGAUGCUCACUUCUGUAAUAUUGUUUUCGAGUGCAGCAACGCUUUACCACCAGCGUUGUUCACAUGGCUUUCGAAGAACUGCCAUGUGGAGGUCGGUAUCGAACCAGUCCUUUCGGGUGAGAAUGAUACUCGUUUGGUCUGUAUCCAGGGCACUUUGGAUGGUGUCCAUUCAGCACUACGCGCUAUUGUACUCAUGUCUUCUAUUUGA